UUGAAGUGAAACUAUCAAUCAAUCAUGAAAUCCUUCUUUUCUUGCUUCCUCCUCCAAAUUAUAGUUUUGCUACUGAUCCUGCAGCUGCAUGAAGAAACUUGUUUUGCUGCAACAACUAAUAAGUCAGCAACAUGUCCUCCUUCUCAUUGUGGCAAUAUCACUAACAUAAUGUACCCAUUUCGGCUGAAGGGUGACCCUGCAACCUGCGGGGAUCCGGAGUUCGAGUUAGAAUGUGUAAACAACAACAGCACAUUGUUGUUACAUCUGUUUCCAGGCAAAAACUACCAUGUGAAGGCAAUCAACUACAACAAUUUCACACUCCGGCUCGUCGAUCCCGGCGUUCAAGAGGCUAAUAAUUGCUCCUCCAUUCCUCGCUAUUCCUUAUCCAAACUCAAUUUCUAUCUUAACAACGAAGGCCCUUAUGAAUACAUGCGUCAAUAUAGUUUAUUUGAUGAAGAUCCUUAUGAAAGCUCGCCAUUGUUUCAGCACGUGAUUUACAUGAACUGUAGCAAUCCAGUGAAGGAUGAUCCACUGUAUGUGGAUACAUCUCCCUGCAUCAUCAAUUGGCAUGAGCAUGAUGACUCACAUGUUUAUGCCAUCGUUGGAGACUUGACGGCUGGGAAUUUGAAACCUCAGUGCCGACAAGUGAAGCUUGUUGCUCCCAUAUCCUCGGUUUCUGGUUACUUCAAUUCUAGUAGUCAUACGUUUUCGUACGAUGAAGUUCAUAGGAUGCUUGUGCAUGGAUUUGAGGUUUCAUGGAUGAAGCGUCCGUGUGAAGAUCAUUGUGGAAAACCAGAAUAUUGCUAUUUGAGUGAAAAUACAGAGACUCUUCAAUGCGACUUAACGCAUAAUCAAUGUAGAACUCCAUUGGGAUUUCUCGCCAGAUGCGGAAAUUUGUCAAAGGGGCGCAUAUUUGUCGAUGGUAUUAUAUUCGGUGUUGCUCAAGGACUACUACAAGUAUUUGGCAUAAUGAAAUAUGAUAAAUCUUUUGGCAUUUCGGAUUCUCAACCUGGUCUUGAGAUAGGAAGAGUUACAGGAAAAUAUGUCUUGUCAUCAUAUAUUAUUAUGAGAUUUAUGUUAGGUCUCAUAGUUUUCUUUGGAAAACUGACACAUAUGUAUCGGACAAGGCAUACAUCAGAUUAUGAAAAUAUUGAAGAUUUUCUUCAAGAGAACUCUCUCAUGCCAUUAAGGUAUUCAUACAAAGAGAUAAAGAAGAUGACUAGAGGUUUUAAAGAAAAGUUGGGUGAAGGAGGCUAUGGCUCUGUUUAUAAAGGAAAACUACGUAGCGGACCUUUGGUUGCCGUAAAGAUGUUGAGCAAGCCUAAGGCUAAUGGACAAGAAUUCAUUAGUGAAGUCGCAACCAUAGGAAGAAUACAUCAUGUCAAUGUGGUGAAACUUGUUGGAUUUUGUGUUGAGUCAUCCAAACGUGCUCUUGUUUAUGAAUUCAUGCCCAAUGGCUCUCUUGAUAGAUAUAUUUCCCCUAAAGGGGAUGCUACCUCUCUAACAUGUUGUCAAAUGUACUCAAUAUCUCUUGGAGUGGCACGAGGUAUUGCAUAUUUACAUCAAGGUUGUGACGUGCAAAUUUUACAUUUUGACAUCAAGCCUCAUAACAUCCUUCUUGAUGAGAACUUUAUCGCUAAGGUUUCAGACUUUGGUCUUGCAAGACUUUACCCAAUUGACAAUAACAUUAUCACUUUGACCACAGCAAGAGGAACAAUUGGUUAUAUGGCUCCAGAACUAUUUUAUAAAAAUAUUGGCGGAGUGUCCAACAAGGCUGAUGUCUAUAGCUUUGGAAUGCUUUUGAUGGAAAUGGCAAACAGGAGAAGAAAUUUGAAUCCAUAUGCAGAUCAUUCAAGCCAACUUUUCUUUCCCUAUUGGAUUUACGAUCAAUUAAUUGAAGAAAGGGAAAUAGAAAUGGGAGAAGUUACCACUGAAGACAAGAAUAAGGUGAAAAAGAUGUUCCUAGUUGCUAUAUGGUGUAUACAAAUGAGACCUGAUGAUCGUCCUUCAAUGAACAAAGUAAUAGAGAUGCUUGAAGGAGAUGUUGAAAGCAUUAUAAUGCCUCCAAAGCCUUCUCAAUAUCCAGAUGAAAUUGAACUCAAUUACGAUGAAUUUGUAUCAUGUGAUGCUUCUAGCUCAAUAUGUUUUCUCGAGGAAACUAUAGAAGAUCCUUUAUUGAAGGAUUGUUCUUAAUGUUUGCUAAUGAUUUGUUUUUUAAAUUA